ACACACACACACACACAAAGAUAUAUCGCGAACUUAUCCUAAUCGCAUUAAAUAAUUUGAUAAACUUCUAGUGCUCGUCCAUCUAUCUAACUAAUGCAUUAUACACACGGAGUGUAGCAUACUUAAGACGUGUAUGAAUUUGAAUUUUGAGUUUAAUAUCGGUAUCGGUAUCGUGUUGCAGAUUUCAUAAAGCGAACUAUGAAAUUCCCACGUCGAUGUAAAGUGAGAUGAUUUGAGCUUUGGUUUCAUUUUCUGUUUCGUCGUCAACAUCAUGCUGGGCAAAUACAACAUAAAAGUAUUCAUAUCGCUUGGAUUGCCUUUCUUAUUGAUGUGGAUUAGUGAGGCCACGGACGCCCACAUGAACUACAACUAUACAGCGAAGCCGCGAGUGGUUCUUCCGCCUAAUUAUGUCAAGGAAAUGCGACCGCCCUCAAAGAAGGGUUCACCAGUGAUAGUAGACUUUAGCAUUUUUGUUGUAGAUAUUAACUCAAUUAAUGUAGAGGAUAUGGACUUUAGAGUAGACAUGUUUAUACACCAACGAUGGAUGGAAUCGCGACUGGAGAUCUCGGAUGAUAUAUUCGAGGAGGGUGACGAUUAUGUUACCCUACUUCCCGAAUUCUUCGACAACCUCUGGCAGCCGGAUCCCUAUUUUUUAAAUUCAAAGAUUGCCGGAUUUGGAAGUCCAUAUGUUUCCUCGGUUUCCCUACUACGCAAUAAGGAUGAAAGAGAAUCGAAAAACUUUCAUCUAAACAAAACUUUAAAAAUAGCUACCCUGACGCACAAGUUCACAUCUGUAACGCUCUAUAAGAAUAAAACCGUACGCUAUGCGGCCCGCAUGCAUGCAAUAAUUGCCUGCCAGAUGGAGUUCCAACUAUAUCCCAUGGACAUACAAGUCUGUCCUAUUUACAUUGAGAGUUUUUCGUCCAAUAAUCAGAAGGUAAAGCUGCGCUGGUCCGAUUCUGGUGUAACGCUCAAUCCGGAACUGAAACUGCUGCAGUAUAAUCUCGGACAGCCACUGGAGCUGGAGGAGAGUGAUGGCUAUAUGCCCGAGAAAGUGGGCAAUUUCUCACGUUUAACCGUCUACUUUCGUUUCGAGCGACAAAUCGGACAUCAUCUAAUACAGACCUUUGCACCCUCCUCCCUGGUCGUAAUGCUGUCCUGGUUCAGUUUCUGGCUUGGCCUAGAUGCGAUACCAGGACGCGUUACACUACUAGUCACCUGCAUGCUAACGCUUGUGACUAUGUUCACGGGGCUACGGGCGGAUAUACCACCCGUUGCGUAUGUAAAGGCUCUCGACCUAUGGAUGGCCGGUUGCAUGGUGUCUGUAUUCGCUGCCUUGGCCGAAUUUGUUGUCGUCAAAGUAUUGGACGUGCAGUACCAGUACCAAGUGAAUCGCAUACCAAAGGUACUGCCCAUGCGCAUUAGCAAUAUGGAAAAGGGUCAAUGUGCAACGGUCGCCAGCUGGGAAAGUGGUGCGGUACGGUCUCGGAAGGCCACACAAACGCCAACCACGCCCGGGCAGACCUCGCUGCAGGGCAACGGAGGACCCCCAAAGCCUGCCCGUCGCCAAAGCCUGCUGUCCGUUGCAUGGACGGACACGGAUACGGGCGUUGAGAAGAUCAUGUGGCGUGAGAUUGAUAAAGUUUCACGGGCCGUGUUUCCGAUCUUGUUCUUUGUGUUUGUACUGUUGUAUUGGCCCAUAUUGCUGAUGAAGUCGUCCUAGGAUUUGGGGAGCUCCAGGAUACACAUUUCUGGACUCCGUUAAAAAUCUCAGAAGCAAAAAAAAUAAAUAAAAUGGAAUUCAAACUCACAACGAAACUGAAAUUCAAUUCACAACACACCACACGGUUUUACACUAAAAUAUGGAGCAUAUUCAACUAUCUAAUUAAUCUAUUGCUUUAAGCAUAUCACUAAAACACAUAAUACGGCAUCUUCUACAGUUACCUUAAUUAAUGAACAAAAGUCACAAAGUUUAGCUACAAAAUUGAGACUUGCUCAUCUAAAUACUUACCAUUCUAUUUAUGUUUAAUUUUUAUACUCAUACAACUUGUAUUUGUUCUGUUCUUAUGAUCUUGAGUACCUCACAACAUCAAAAGAUACAGAUGGAUAAAAACGUUUAAAAAUUAACUGCACGACUCAAUGAAAGAAUUGAUUAAAAAAAUCUGAUUUUUAUAUAAUUCAUGUUUAUAUACAUUGUGCACAAAGCUGAAUUAAAUAAUUAUAUUUAUUUGUUAGUUAAUGAAAGCACUAUUUGCUAAGAACCCUAUCCCAAAAGAUAUUGUUAUUGCCUUUGCUAUUUUAUUUACAAUUACAAUUAACAACAACAAGCUCUUUUUUUAUAGGCUUAAGCAAAACCGCCAUACAAAUUAAUUGGUGCUUUAAAAUGAUAAUACAAUUUACAAAA